UCUCCUCCCUCCCCACAUUACAGCAGCAGUUUAUAGGAACUUCAUCCAGGUUCAAAAGAAGGCAAACACCUCGGUCAGUCCCGAGGCAUCACUUCCUGUGAAGGACAUUAGGGUGAGAGAAAGAGUUUUGGGGAAGACGCGUGCCAAGCGCAUUUAUUCCUUUUCUGCUAUAAAAGCCGCGCUGUGUCUCCGACCAGAGACAAAAGAGAAAGCAGAGGAACAAGACAGGAGCGUUCAUUCUUCACAGCAUCUCUCUCUCCUUCUCUCUCUCUUUCUACUUCUCUCUCUCGGUCUUCCACAGCACACCUUCAGUAAGACACUGACUCUGGGACAUUGGUUCUUUUUUUGCGCUUCUGCUCCGUGAUGAAGUUGCUGCUCUCAGUUUUGGUGCUUUUUCUUGCACUAAAUGAAGUAUUUGCGGAGGAAAUGGGUCCAAAUGAAGACCAGGAUUACUGGGGAAAUGGCUCCCUGAUGCAGGAUGACUUGCUUCAAGCCGAUCCCUUCAGAGAGAUACUGAGACGGAUAACGAGAAAACCUCGGCCACAUCAGUUCAUCGGUCUGAUGGGGAAGCGUUCUUCUGCUAACACACAGAUUACACGAAAAAGGCAUAAAAUUAACUCCUUUGUAGGUCUGAUGGGUAAAAGAAGCCAAGAGGAACCUGAUUCAUACGACUGGAGCUUUAUACACAACUACGUCGAAAGGCGCUGACCAACAACCUGACCUCCAUCACGUCUGCUUCACACACAGCUCAUCUUUUUUUGUUCCCCCGAAAAUGGUGGCUUCACUUCUAGACUCCAAUAAAACAUUGUUUUUCACCGUGUGGUGAUGUAGCAGUAACUGUGCCAAUUUGUGUACUAAGAAAGGAAGGGACAUUUUGAUAAUACUGUCCAGCCUGUAAUAUUGUUACUGUCCAAAUCUUAAAAAAAAAAAAAAAAAAAAAAAUACUAGUGGACUAUUUGCACUGCCAAUCUUUGUAUAGUGCC